CAUUUUGUGUUUGCUAUUAUGAUUUUAAGAAAGAGAGUAUAAUAAGAAAAGUCGAGGUAGUGGUGGAUGGUGAUCUAAGACGUGUCCAUGGGAUCGGUGAGAAAAAAUGUCAGUUCGGAUGUUAUCCAGGUUACUUUGAGAAUAUUAGGUUCUUGUGAUCCUAUCAUUAGCUUCUCCCUUUCAGUUUCAAACGUUACUUAAUUGGUUUGUUGGAAACGAUUAAUUCCUAAAAAAGGUUUUAUUUAAUUUUGUUUUGUUUGAAGAUUUUCAGCUUUGUCAAGUUUGCUAGUUAGGAAUGGAGUGCGAAUAAACAAAAGAACCGACGAAUAAGAGAAAUAUUUUUGAGUUUAAAAAAGAUUAGAUCAUAUAUCAUUACCAGCAGAUUUUCAGUUCACAACAUAUAUGAUGCAAUAUUGUAAUGUGUUUGAAUAGUUUCUUGAUGAAAGAGCAUAGAGGUAGGUAUUACACGACCUAAGGAUGUGUUGGAGGCGGCUAAGUCCGUGACCCGUGGGAUUAGAAAAAUGUUUCUUUUUGGUUAUCUUGAUCUACAGGUUUGAGCUUGAGUUAGAUUGUUCAUGUACUUUGAUGUUUCAGAUGAUAGUUAGUGUGAAAAGGAUUAACUAGUGCACAAUUAGAAAAUAAUAAACUAAAUUAUAAUAUUAUAAAAAAAAGAUCUAAAAUACAAAAAAUAAACACGAGGACAAGUAUCGAUAAAUUCUCAUGCCACUUGUCAGAAGAAAAGGAAAAAAACUUUAUAUAUAUAAAUAGAUUUAGGGUUUGUGGGUUUCACCACCAGCAGUCAUGGAAGGUUCAAAACGGUCUCUCUCACCACGACUAGGACGUGAGCAAGAUCAUGCUGAUAACCACACAACAACCAUUCCUUUUGAUCUCAUCAUUGAGAUACUCUCUUUCCUUCCCGCAAAAUCACUCAUACGAUUACAAUCCGGGUCGAAGCUAUGGUUCUCUACUAUCCGCACUAAAAAUUUCAUCGACUUGUUCCUCGCUAGAUCCAAGACUAGACCUCGUCUCCUUUUACCUUACAUGCACGUAGAAUCCAAAAAACGUUUCAUAUUAUCCGCUCCUGAACACAACAAGGAGGAGGACAAGUCAGCAUCCACCGUCACCCUCAGACACGACAUGACAAUCUUGGAUCCCCUCUACUACGUCAUAUCUCGCCCCGUAAACGGUUUGAUUUGUUGCGUACGUGAUUCAUCCAUCAGCGUUUGUAAUCCUGCCACUAGACAAAUUGUGAAACUGCCAGAUGUUACAUGCAACGGAGGAGACAUGUACGCACGUCUUGGCUAUGAUCCAGUCGAAGAUCAAUACAAAGUGUUGUGUGUGAUGAUAGCGAAAUUAAAUUCAUUCGGCCCUUACGGACAAGAUAUCCGACAGGAGCAUUUAGUGUGCACAGUGACAUCAUCAGAGAAACAAGAGUGGAGAAAGAUUGAGAACAGCACCAUAGAUAGUUAUCGUAUCUUCAGCGGAGGGAUAUGCAUUGACGGCGUUAUAUACUAUGAAAUUGGACAGUCAAGGAUAGUUAGAUUCGAUGUUAGAACUGAGACCAUUACGAUAAUUCAAGCACCUGAAGAAUCAGAUUUCGCGACAACGUUCCCUUCAACUCUUUUAAAUUACAAGGGAAAACUGGGAGGUGUAGAUUACAAAAACGUUAUGAGAUUGUGGAUUCUUGAGGAUGCUGAAAAACAAGAAUGGUCGAGCAUGACGUGUGAGUUUCCUUCUGAAUUAAAAUGUUUACUUGGGAGUUACGUAGUGUGUAAAGGAGAUAUUCACAACGGCGAGCUCAUGGUGUUUCAUCCAUGGUCAUCGUCACUGAAGCCAUUUUUUGUUUGGUAUUAUGAUUUUAAGAAAGAGAGUAUAAUAAGAAAAGUCGAAAUAAAGGUGGAUGGUGAGUUCAGACGUAUCCAUGGGAUCGGUGAGAAAACAUGUCAGAUGUUAUGUUAUCCAGGCUACUUUGAGAAUAUUAGGUUCUUGUGAUCCUAUCAUUAUAGCUUCUUCCAUAUUCAGUUUCAAACGUGACUUAAUUUGUUUGUUGGAAACGAUUAAUUUCUGAAAAUAGGUUUUAUUUUAUUUUGUUUUGUUUGAAGACUUUCGGCUUGGUUCUUGUAAAAUUUGCUAGUUAGGUAUCGAGCGUGAAUAAACAAAGAACCAACGAAUAAGAUAGAAAGUGUCGCGUAGUUUAAAAAUAACUAGAUUUCGACCCGCACAACCGUGCGGGUGUUUAUUUUCAUUUUAUAUACAUAAAUAUUUUUUUACAUCAUUUAUGGUAUAUAUAUAUUUAUUUAACAAAUUAAUAUAUGCAUUAAAAACAUAUUAAAUAUUAUUUUGUAUUAAAAUUAUAUUCAAUUUUGACCCACCGACUUUGAAAACUAAGUUUUCUAUUAACAAUAUUUUUACAUUUAUUUAUUUCAGAUAUAUAAAAUUAUAUUCAGUUUUGACCCACCGACAUUAUAUAGUUUUUGAAUGUUAAGUUGUUAUAUCAUCGUAUUAUAUUUUUAGCAUAAAUAUUUUAUAUUUAUAAAAACUGUCUUUACAAUUUUAUCAAUUUAAUAUAAUGUUAUCAUAUUUAGUUCAGUAUAAUAAUCUCAUUUAAUAUGAACUAUUAUUAUUAUAAAAUGAUAAAAAGGUAAUUUUUUUAUAAAUGAUUACUAUAUAUAUAUAUAUAUUAAUGUAUAAUAAUAGUUCAUUGCUAAUUACAAAAUUAGUUGAAAUAUUUACAUAAAGUUUUGAAAAUUAAGAUAAUGCUAUAAAUGCUAUAAUAUAUAUUCAAGUAUAUAUAUAUAUAUGUAUAUAUUU